AUGAAAAGAUCUCAUAGUAAAGUUCAAAAGAGCCAGGCGAGUAGUUCCAAGCAGAUGAAAAUCACUUCUCUAUUUUCACGCAUGCCUCCGGAGUCAUCAGAAACUAUCAUAGAAUGUAAUGAAAAUGGACCCUGUACAACUCCUAACACCAAAUCUUUUUCAAGCCCACUAUCAAGUCCAGAUGUUAUACCACCAUCCCCGGUGUUGGAGAAAAAGAGAGAAGCUACUAAAUCUAAAAGAUGUUUAAAUCGUGUUUUAGUUGAUGAAAUUGAACACAAAAAUAAAUUGACCGUUUUAAAUACAGAUUCUGCUUCACAUUUGUCUAAUGAAAAUUUAGGUUCAUUUACAAAGAGCACGGAAAUACCUAGGUACGACAAUAAUGAUGUCGAUAGUCAGUCUUAUUCAAUUGAUACAGUAUCAGUAGAAAGCUCGUAUACUGAAUUUAGUUCAGACUUCUUGUUGGAUUGCGAUAUUAAUUUAAAUGAACCACAUCGAUGUAUUAUUAAAAAAAUCGAAAAAGAUUUUGGAAAAUUAUGCUUAACUUUGAGUUCCUGUAAAAGUUAUGAGGAAGAUGUAUGUCAUCUCGGUGGCAUUUGGCUUCAUAGUUUAUUUGAAGUAGGAGAUAUUGUAUUUGUAAUGGCAAAAAAAGUCGACGAUCACUGGUCAGUAAAUAGCGAUCAUGGUUUUGUUACCAGACACUCGGACUUUUUGGUGUCUGGCACAACAAUUGUUGGAUCAUUAUUUUGUUCACGGCGUUCAGUUCUUGCGGACAUAUAUAAAGGACUCGACUGUUCCUCUGCUGUUAUGGUUAUUGGAACACUUCUCCACCAAUUGCUUCAAACGGUUUUAAAAAGAAAGCAGUUUAAUCAAAAGGACAUCAAAACUGUGGUAGAUGAAAUGAUAAACAGUCCAGGUUUUGUGCAUACCCUUUAUGAAUCUGAUAUGAAUUUUGAAACAACCAAAAAAGAGCUGAUGGAUUUUAUACCAAAAAUUCAAAACUUUGUUAGAACUUAUUUGCUUGAUAAUCAAAUAGUGAAGGACAAAAAGACUUGGCAAGGCAAAAUAGUUUCAAUUGAAGAUAUAGAAGAUAAUUUAUGGGUACCAGCAUUUGGUGUCAAGGGUAAAGUAGAUAUUACUGUACUAGCCAAUUAUGACGGUAAAUCCAAAACAAUGCCUAUUGAAUUGAAAACUGGCCGAGCUUCUGGAAGUGAGGAGCAUCGUGGCCAAGUAAUAUUGUAUACAAUAAUGAUGAAAGAAUUGGGUAUGGAUGUAGAUUCAGGCUUAUUAUUAUAUCUCAGAGAAAAUGUAUUGACUCAAGUAAAAGUUGGUCAUAGAGAAAAACGAGAUUUGAUAAUGCUACGUAAUCGACUUGUACACUAUUUGAAUGCAAAUAAAAUAGUUUCAGACCCUAUUGAUGACUAUAUUCCAAUAUUGCCUGAACCCAUAAACCAUCACAGUGCAUGCUCAAAAUGUCCUUAUUUAACUGCAUGUUCUGCCGUUUUAAGCAAAGAAGGUUUUGAAAAAUUGGAUCAUCAUAAUCCACUAAAAAGUUUAGGCCCUCAAGCUAUAAGCCAUUUAAAAUCUGAACAUAUUAAUUAUGUAAUGCAGUGGACUGCUUUUUUACAGUUGGAAAAUUCAAUUGAAAAUACUAGAGAUAAUUUAAGUGCAAAAUCUAGUGAUUUAUGGACAUUGUCUUAUUUUGAACGUGAGAAACGUGGAAACUGUAUUAGUUCAUUGAAAAUAAAAAAUGUGGUGAAAGAACAGGGAAACCGAUAUUAUUUAAAUACAAUGGAAAAAUCAAAGAAAUCUGAUAAAAUCAAACAUACUAAUUUCUCUCUCAAUAAUUAUGUAGUAGUCAGUACAAAUCAUCGAAAUGCAGUUGCAACUGGUUUUAUAUCAACCUUAACUGAAACAUCAAUUAAUAUUUUAUUAGAUAGAGAUUUAUCCAAACUAGGACCUACCGAAUUCCAUGUAGAUAAAUAUGAGUCACAAUCGAUGGUAGCAUUUAAUUUUUCUAGUUUAGCACUUUUAUUAGAACCGAGUGAAAAUUCAGCUCAAUUAAGACGAUUUAUUAUUGAUAAAGAAAUGCCUUCAUUUUUAUCAUCGGACAAUCACUUAGAUUCAUUCAUUAAAAGCUCAGGAUUAACUUUAAAUUUAAAUUCAUCACAAAGAUCUGCUAUUAUCAAGACUUUGGCUGCAGACAACUAUGCGCUCAUUAAAGGUAUGCCUGGAACUGGUAAGACAUCAACUGUGGCUGCUCUUAUUCGAUUACUUGUACUGAUGGGUCGUUCAGUGUUGGUCACUUCUCAUACUCAUUCUGCUGUUGACAAUUUAUUAUUGUUAUUACAUAAACAUAAAGUUGAUUUUUUGAGAUUGGGUUCAAAGACGCGUGUUCACCCAGAUCUGUGGGAAAAAUGUGAUGAAGUGGUCUCUCAAAGUUGUGACACGCCUGAAAAGUUAUCAAAGCUGUACAAUCAAGCGAAUGUUGUUGGUGUGACAUGUCUUGGGUGUGGACACGCAUUACUUCAAAAACGUACAUUUGACGUAUGCAUUGUUGAUGAAGCUACCCAAGUGGUACAGUCAUCAGUUAUAGCAGCUCUUAAUUCUUCCAAGGUGUUUGUUUUAGUUGGUGACCCUCAACAACUACCACCUCUAAUUAAAAAUCAAAAAGCAAAAGAAUUGGGUAUGGAUGUCAGUAUGUUUGACAGAUUAGAUAGGCCAUCUGUUACUGCCGUACUUCAUGUUCAGUAUCGAAUGAAUGGUCCUAUAGCAGAACUUGCCAAUAAAUAUACUUAUAACGGGAGUUUGCAAUGUGCCAAUGAUUCUGUAAAAUAUGCAACACUUAAACUUAAUGAAACAAAUGAUAAUGAUGAUUGGUGUAAAGAUAUUGUAUCAUCAGAUUUAGAUAAGUCUGUUUUACUCUUGGAUACAGGAACCGUGUAUAGUAGUUCAACAGACACAAAUUUGAUGGAAAUUAAAGUUGUCAGAAAAAUUGUUUUACUUUUAAUUCAAGGUGGACUUUCAGCUACAUCAAUUGGUGUCAUUGCCCCUUAUAGAGCCCAAGUAGCACUUUUAAAAAAUGCGAUGGCUUGUGUGCACUCACAAAUUGAAGUCAACACAGUAGAUCAAUAUCAAGGACGAGAUAAAGAAGUUAUAAUAUACUCGUGUACAAAAAAUACUGUUUCUAAGGAUGUUGGUAUAUUGAGUGAUAAAAGAAGAAUAACUGUAGCUAUAACAAGAGCAAAACAUAAGCUAAUAAUGAUUGGUGAUGUAACCACAAUGAAAAAUUAUGAAACUUUCAAUAUCUUGUUCAGCCAUAUUACUAAUAUUAUAAGACUACCUCAAAUGUGA